AGAUCGAUUUAUUAACUUUUACUAUUCCCUCCCCCCCUCCCUCUCUCUCUCUUUCUCUCUGAAACCAACAACCUCCAUCUCUAGGGUUUCAACGAUUACUUCCGGUGUCCUGAACAGAGACGACCGUGCCCUAAUUGGUGGAUUUUGCUUCUCGGAGAAGAGAGUUUCUCGGUGUUUUCUGGAUCGCGUCAGCUCCAGUUAUUUUCAAACAGAAGAAUCAGCUUCGUCCCUCACUUCGCAACUUUUGGAUCGUAUUUUUGGCUGCAAAUUCGUCGUUGAUUUCAUGUUCUUGGUGAUAGGUUCAUGUUGUUGAAUGAUUGUUAGCAUGGACUUAAAUGCUUCUCCAUUACCCGAAGAAGAUGAAGAGACAAUUGAAAGGCAUAGAGUAGAAUAUGUUCCAUCUGAAGAACACAUAGAAUCUGCAGUUGAAAUUUCACGUCGGGAGCGUGAAGAAAGACGGAAGAGAAUGAAAACAGAGCGAUCCGAUGACAGGCCAUUCCAUGUAACUCACCCCCCUGUGCCUGACUUUUAUCCAAUGAGAAACUACAAGGAUAAAAGUAGGCUCCCUCCUGGUUGGCUUGAUUGCCCUGCAUUUGGUGAAGAAAUUGGUGGCAUCAUUCCUUCUAAGGUUCCACUUGGUGAAUCCUUCAAUGACUGUAUACCUCCUGGUAAAAGAUACUCCUUCAAACAAGUAAUUCAUCGACAAAGAGCUCGGGGGAGACAGCUUGGCUUAGUGAUUGAUUUGACAAAUACAACUCGUUACUAUCCAACAUCAGAACUGCAGAGAGAGGGUAUUAAGCAUGUUAAGAUCCAAUGCAAGGGACGUGAUGCUGUACCUGAUAAUGUGUCUGUAAAUAAUUUCGUCUAUGAGGUGUCACUGUUUUUCUCUCGUAAUCAGAAACCCCCAAAGAAGCAUAUUCUUGUGCACUGCACACAUGGGCAUAAUCGUACAGGAUAUAUGAUUAUUCACUUUCUCAUGCGUACACAAACAAUGUCUGUCACCCAGGCGAUAAAAAUUUUUUCUGAAGCACGGCCUCCUGGGAUAUACAAACCAGACUAUAUUGAUGCUUUAUAUGCAUUUUAUCAUGAAAGAAAACCUGAAAUGGUUGUCUGUCCCUCAACUCCAGAGUGGAAGAGAUCUUCUGAUCUUGAUCUGAACGGUGAAGCAGUCCCUGAUGACGAAGAUGGAGGGCCAGCUGCUCCUGUAAUUGAGAAUAAUGAAGUGGAUGCAGAAAUGACAAAUGAUGACGUCUUAGGAGAUGAAAUACCAUUUGAGCAGCUGAAUUCGUUUCGGUCAUUCUGCUACCAAAUGUUGAACUUGAGACUAAAUGUGCACCCGGGCAGAUCAAAUCCACAAUUUCCUGGAUCACACCCAGUUUCUCUCAACAGGGAUAAUUUACAACUUUUAAGACAGCGCUAUUACUAUGCCACUUGGAAAGCUGAUGGAACACGGUAUAUGAUGUUAAUAACUGUCGAUGGAUGUUAUUUAAUUGAUAGGAGCUUUAAUUUCAGAAGGGUUCAGAUGAGGUUCCCUUGCAAACACCCAAAUGAAGGUUUAGGGGAGAGAACACAUCACUAUACGUUGCUUGAUGGAGAGAUGAUAAUUGAUAAGAUGCCAGACACAGGAAAGAGGGAGAGAAGAUACCUAAUCUAUGAUCUGAUGGCUGUUAACGGCAAGCCUGUGAUAGAGCGGCCUUUCUAUGAAAGGUGGAAAAUGCUUGAGGAAGAAGUCAUUGGGCCUCGGAAUUAUGAGCGGCAGAAUAUUUAUCAGAGCAGGAAUCCUUAUUACAGAUAUGACCUGGAACCAUUUAGGGUUCGUAGAAAGGAUUUUUGGUUGCUCUCAACUGUUACAAAGCUUUUGAAGGAAUUUAUUCCAAAGCUCUCUCAUGAAGCUGAUGGUCUUAUCUUUCAGGGCUGGGAUGAUCCUUACAUUCCUCGUACGCAUGAAGGUCUUUUGAAGUGGAAAUAUCCUGAUAUGAACUCCGUUGACUUUCUCUUUGAGGUUGAUGCUGAUAAUCAUCAGCGACUUUUUCUUUUUGAACGGGGGAAGAAGAAGCUGAUGGAAAAUGCAGCAGGAGUCACAUUUAAAGAUGAUUUGGAUCCUUCUUCAUAUUCUGGUAAGAUUAUUGAGUGUUCUUGGGUCGAGAAGGAGCAGGUGUGGUUGUGUAUGCGUGCCAGAACAGAUAAAUCAACUCCCAAUGAUGUCAAUACUUACAAGAAGGUGAUGCGAAGCAUAAAGGACAAUAUCACUGAAGAGGUCUUGUUGAAUGAGAUUUAUGAAAUUAUCCGCCUGCCCAUGUAUGCUGAUAGGAUACAGAACGACAGCAGAGCACGACGCAGGUGAUUGGCUGGCUUGUUGAGUGGCUUACUAUCAACAUAUGUUCACAAGCCUCAGUUGGAGGUUUCUGUUAUCCAGAAUAUGCUUUGCUAUACGGGUUGGCUGGAGUAAGCCGUGUGCUGGGGCAUACAAUGUAAAGGGUCACCGAGAUGCUUUGUAAUUAGCUAUUCCCUUCUAGUCUUGUAAGCAUGUGCCAUGCUGGUGACUUGUAUGAUACAGUUAGUACACUGGAAUAGUUCUCAAAGAAGAAAAAAAAAAUUAGGUCAGAUUAUUUUUCUUAUAGUUGUUCAGUUCAAGAGGAUUAGAAUUAGGAUAAUCAUGUAUAUUAGUAUUAUUUCCCUUCCUUUCAUGUAGUGAUUUCUAAGUUCUUGAAGGUAGCCAUUUUUCAGAAUGAAAACUGAUCUGUUUCAUUUUGGGAUUUUUGCAUUGGCUCUCCUUGUGAAUAUUAUAAAGUUGGGGAAAUAACCGUGUAUUGCUAGUUCUUUUCUUCACUCAAUUCCCAAGUCAGACUGUUGCCUCUUUACUCUGACAUUGUUUCUAAAGCUAUCGCGUUAAGUUCCAUUUG